GCUGGGCUGAGCGUCUGUCGGCGGCUGAGAGCGGAGGAGCGGGUCUGGGCGCUGCUGGAAGAGGGCGCGGGAGGAUUUCUGAGGCGGUGUCGCUGCUGGUGCCGACUGAAGAAGGAUGCAGACGAUAAAAUGCGUUGUGGUUGGCGAUGGGGCCGUGGGGAAAACCUGCCUUCUCAUCUCUUACACCACCAAUGCUUUCCCCGAAGAGUACAUCCCUACCGUGUUCGACAACUACAGCGCCCAGAUGAGCGUGGACGGCCGCACCGUUAGCCUCAACCUCUGGGACACAGCCGGGCAGGAAGAGUACGACCGCCUGCGUACUCUCUCGUACCCACAGACCAACGUGUUCAUCAUCUGCUUCUCCAUCGGUAGCCCUUCCUCAUAUGCCAACGUACGGCACAAGUGGCACCCUGAGGUCUCGCACCACUGCCCCAGCGUGCCCAUUCUCCUCGUCGGCACCAAGAAGGAUCUGCGCUCUGACAGUGAAACCCUGAAGAAGCUGAAGGAGCAGAGUCUUGCCCCCACCACCCAUCAACAGGGCAGUGCUCUGGCCAAACAGAUUAACGCAGUGAAGUACAUGGAGUGCUCGGCGCUUCUUCAGGAAGGUGUCAGAGAAGUGUUUGCAGAGGCAGUGCGUGCCGUGCUUUACCCCAUCACCAAAAAGAAUUCCAAGAAGUGCGUGCUUUUGUAGUCUGCUCUGCUGUCCCAGUAGUCUGCCCGUGGAAAUGGACACACAGCAGCGGCCACAGUCAGUGGACAGCCAGGCAUGGGAUGAUCCUGUUGUUGAUAGCUAUCUCUGCUCCCUCACUUCUGGCUCCUUCUUUCUGUAUUUUCUUUCCUUUUAAAACCACUGUUUGUAUUGUUUUUGGCUCCACGAUUUGCAGUCACCAAAGUAUGCAUUCUUCGCUUUAACCGAAGCAUUUGAACCUGUUGAUUUAUCUAUUUUUUUUUAACCACUCUCACUUCUGGCCUGCUUCCUUGUCUCUGGAAUGAUGUGGUCGUCAAGAUCGCUUGCUUUUACCUCAGUGACUGAUAAAGUUAAAAUGGAAUGCAAGAUAAAGAUAUAUGGAAAUAUUCCUCUAGUGACAGAUAAAGCAAUAUACAUAUGACCUGUGGAGGAUGGCGGUCGCCUGAAGCGGCUGUGAUUUACUCAAGCAGCGUCUGAGAAGAAAAGCAGAAGUCCUCCUUUCUUCUGUCUGAUGUGCCGUUUCAUCUAAUCUUCAUAUCUAUUUUUUUGUGCCUACACCCAAAAAAUAAACCCAGCUCAGAUUCUCUCCCAAUAUAAAAGGAAUUUGCCAGUGUAAAGAGACUGUUAAGAGAUCUGGUCUCAAGUGGCAGUAAGCCAUAAUUUUAAUUCUUUACAUACCUUUAAUAUCUGAGAAUAUGAUGCUUUGUACCAAAAACCAGUUUGAUAUGCAUUGUAUUUUUUACUAGUCAGUGCAACAUCCAAAAAAAAAAAUCAUGUCAUUUGUUUCGUCUUUGUUUAAACGAGACAAUUAAGAGGUCCCCUUACGAUUUAACGUAUGUGCCUUAUCAAAAAGGUCAUACAAGUUUCAGGUUACAGGAAAGGCAUGUAGUGCAAGUCUGCAAGACAGUACAUGAUGAAGCCAAGUCUGGUCUUGCUGAAAUGACUGUACUGCUCUCAAUCAGAUUAGAGGGGGGGAAACUGUGGCCUUGAUUUCCUUGUUGACUUUUUUUUUUUUUGUCAUUUAUGCAUAAGUGUUUUGUUUUUUUUUUUUACCCUGGAAGCUUAAUGGAAUUCUGUGCUGAUGCAUCUUCAGUUGCGUGACCAGUCAGUCUAAUUAUAAGUGCCUAACCCUUUUUAAUUUUAUUCUAACUUUAACUUUAUAAUGCUGCCUGUCUCCAAAGUGUCCUGGCUUGUCAUUUAGUAAACUUCAGAAGACAGCCUUAAGGCGACGUACCCUUCUCACAGCACAGUGCCUGUCUGCAUUAGAGCGAGCAGCAUACGCCGCCGCAGCCGCCGCAGUGCUGAGACAAAUGAACAAAGCCAUGAAAGUAAAUGGAGCGUUUGUCCCCUGGGCCUGAAGGUUGAGCACCAGGCAGCCGCGACUGCUCUGAUUGUAACCCUCGAUGUCUAGCGCAGUGCUGCCUCCCGUGACUCCUCACUGGAGGAGCAUGGGGUGAGCGUGCAGGAUUCUUUACAGUAAUGGUUAGUAGUAAUGAAUUUGAUGUGCUUAGCACUUAUCCCUGUUUGAUACUGAUGACGGUGCUCAUUUACGUUUGUCGCAGGCAUUAAUAAUUGGAAUUGUCACAACAUAUGGUUUAAUCCCUUAGUGGCUUUACGCUGUUGCACACAGCUAGAGGAUUAUUGUUUUAUUAUUAUUUUUUAGUUUUUUUUUUUUUUUUUUUUUUAGAAAAGUAAUGCACAGGGUGGUGUUAUGACAGAUAUGAAAGAUGUGAAAUCAUAACUGACAGAUUUUUUUUUUGUUGUUGUACCAAACAUAUCAAUAUAUAUAUUUUAUUUUAUUUUUUACUGACUAGCCAAAGUGUUGAUAUCGCAAUAACAGCAAAUGACCUUGCAGUGCCUAUGCAAAAGCCAAGCUGCGAAAUGAGCAAAAGCAAUCUCUGUUUUAUUUGAGGCUGUGUUUUAAAGUUUUAUAUGUGGAUCAGUCUAAAUUACUUGGAAUACACAUGUAGGAUCAGAUUUCUAUACGAAUGAAUGAAUGAAUGAAUGAAUGAAUGAAUGCGGAUUUUUUUACCCUUCUGUUUUAUACUCAUUGAAAUACUUGAUAAAUGGGCCAUAGAGAAGGAGUUCAUUGUGAUUGCCUUAACAAGAGUGAAGUGAACUCUGGGUAACCUUUGUUGCUCAACCCAGUAAACAUAGUCGAUUGGUUUUCCAGACAGAAAUUGAAAAGCUAUGUUCAAAAUACUGUUUAGUCCAGGACUAGACUUAAUCCCUGUCUGGGAAACUGCUCUUAAGUAGUUAAUUUUUUUUUUAAAGUAACCAAUGAUAAUUUUUUUUUUCCAGUCAGCUGGAAUGAAAACCUACACCCACACCAGCUCUUUGCAAAUUCGAUUUAAUACCCCUGUUGUUCAUAAUCUGGUUAAGCUUAUUUUUACCAAAACAACUUUAAUCUGUUUGUCUGAGUCGAGAGGAACUGCGCUGCAUGGGCGAGAUUGUUUCGCUUUUUGUUGCAUCUCAGCAGCAGCAGCAGCAGCAGCUUUCAGAUGUGAUGUGGUUUUGAUUUAGGCUGUCACCAUCUCUCACCAUGUUUCAGUAUGAAUCAGUUGGAAAUGAGAGGCCUGUAUGCCCUGCACAUGUGUGAUGUUGUCGUCGCAGUGUGUGUUCAGGGCAGAUACAAAAAAAAUGCUAAACUGACUGAGUGCUAGCGUGGUUUGAAUGCUAAAGGAAGGGGUGCUUACCUACCCUCCUGGUCAGAAUCAUGCUGUUUUGGCUGGUACUCUCAUCUCUUAAUAGCUUUUUUCUUUUAAAAUGUUUCGUUUUACUUGGGUAUUUCUCUACAAAACGUACAAAAAGAAAAUUUAACCAAAGAGUGCCUUUGGAUGCGAAGAUAAAAUUAGUUAAAACUGAUCUCUCUCGGUAAAAAUGGACCUGCUCUCUUUUGUGAGUGAUUUUUAAUAGUUUUUUGUUUUGUUUUAAGGAAAAAUGACCAUAUAAAUAAGCCAUUCCUUAUUUUUCUAUAUGCUUCUAACUAUAAUAAUUAUAAUAGUAACAAUGCCAAAUUCAUUGAACCACUGAUCAUACGAUCAUUCUGUUUUUGUCACAGAGAAGAAAUGUGCGUAAUGAAAUGUAAGAGAAAAUCCCUCUGAACUGAAAACUGUGGAAAUGUUGAGUCAUGUUUAGUGUCACUAAUUUCCGUGUGAAAGUUUGAAUGUGAGAACGAAUGGCGCUCUCUCUACCUUUGCUUGGUUUUGUUUCGUUCAGUUUUGUUUUAAUUUUCGUUUCUUCACUGUAAUGCUGUCGAAAUCGAGCAGACGAGGCCUCGCGCUGCGCCUCAUCUGCCUGCUAUGGUGUAUGGUACUACAUGUAUACACUGGGAACUUGAUUUAUUAUGUUUUUUGUUUUUUUUUGUCAAAAUUGUCAUUUUUAUAACAAAACAUUUGUAUAAAUGAACUAACAGUGUAAUGAUUUUUAAAUUAUGCUAAAUAAAAUUAUAAUUUACGAUUAA